UUCGCGGCUAUCAGUAUCACUUCAGCAGCGCUACCGUGCAAGACAUGGCAAACGACGACAGCACCGCCGUAGCUUCCGCGAAACGUCUUCCAGAUUUCUUCAACGAAUCCCUCAUCCAAGGUAUUCUUCAGGAAAAGCUGGGUAUCCCGACGGUCCAUAUCGAUUCGUUUACCGGCAAUUUGGCGACGAAACCGGGUGAUAACUAUAGCAGCGAUGUGUUCUCGGUUAUCGUGCACUACAAUGGCCGUCAAGAGGCCGUGCGUCUUCUAGCAAAGAUCAUUGUGGAUGUGGGUUUAGUGAAAGAGUUCGCCGAUCGGCUCGGGCUGUUCGAUAAGGAAGUGGAUACCUUUCGUCAUCUGCUACCUACGCUCUCAGCAAUAGUUUCGCCGGCUGGUACCGAACCGGUCUUAUUCGGUGCGCGAUGUUAUUACGCCGCGAAACAGCCCGCCGAGACGAUCGUCUUCGAUGAUUUGAAGGCGCUCGGAUAUCGACUGUACGAUCGUACGAAGGGUGGGCUCGAUUUUGAACACUGUGCGCUGGUGAUGGAGAAGAUCGGUCUUUUCCAUGCCGCAUCGAUGGCGUUCGUGGUCAAAGGAUCAAAGGAGUUGGAACUCUUCACCAACCGCUACGCACAUGGGUUGGUGCGGGCCGGUGAUGAUGUUCAGCGGAAUCCUGCCCUCGGUAUGUUUCAGAGUGGAUUGGAAAAGUUUCUGGAAGUAGCUAAGGAUUGGCCGGAACUGAAUCGCACAAUCCUGGCCAAACUGGAAGCGCUGCAACCCCUUUACACGCAGCGUAUCAUCGAGUGCUAUACGGCCGAAGACUCCACGCCAGAUGGGUUUAAAGUGUUGAAUCAUGGCGAUCUGUGGAGUAGCAACAUGAUGUUCCGGUACGAUGCGGACGACAGUAACGAUGCUCGUGAGGUGAUGUUCGUGGACUAUCAGCUAUCGAACUACGCCAGCCCGGGGCUCGAUCUUGCCUACUUCCUUUACACUAGUAGCCAGCAGGAGGUCCUUGAGCAUCGCAUUACCGACCUGCUACACCUGUACCAUCGUUCACUACUUACGGGACUAACGUUGGCUGGAUACCAUGGACAUCCAGUUCCCACGUUCGAUGCCGUUCAGCGGCAGUUCGAACGCUAUGAAUUUAUCGGUGUACUUAGUGGACUCUCCAUGUUGCCGAUAAUUUUAAUGGAUCGUAGUGAGGACGUUAAACUUACGUUCGACAGUUUCUUCGAUAAGGAUCAUGCUGAGCGUAUUCGCCAUAUACAGUACACCGGAGCAAAGUACCGCAAAUCGGUUGUACCCUUGUUGGAGCGAUUCGAUGCCAAAGGACUACUGGACUCGAACUUGGUAAAGCGCUCAUAAGGUGCAGCAAGUAUUCCGUGUACUCGAUGUUCCUCUGGAUUUAUUUUUGGAAGAUUAAAUAUUAUAUUGUAAAACGA